GGACUUUCAGCUGCUAGUCCUUUCGAGCACAGAGAGGAUGGAGCUGCAGUUGCUGCUGGUUGUGUUGGUUUUGCUGCCGUCCUGCGGUGGACAUUUUCUGGAGCACUGCCAUGGGCAGCCCUGUCCUGACUACUACGUCCUGGAGGCCAACGAGGACUUUGAGGUGCGACAGUACCCCCCCACUGACUGGAUCUCCACAAUAGUGGAAGGCCCAGAUUUAUCUGCCUUUAUGGCUGCAAGGUCCAGGCUGGUGGAUUUUUGUGGGAAGCUUCCAGGGAGCGAUCAGGUAUGUCAGGACACCUGGCCUGCCAUCUUCACCAUUUCUGAGAUGACAGACGGGCAGAAAGUGACCUUGUCCUGGUUUAUUCCUCCUGGAACAAAUAUUGAGAUGUCGGACUCGUCUGUCACGGUAGAGCACAGACCCCCAGCUAUCGUCUUUGCAAGCUCCUUCAGUGGUUUUCCGGCUGUUGGAAAUUCCCAGGAACAUAUGGACGUCCUCCGGAAAUCUCUAACCAAAGCUGGGAAAAUCUUCAAUCCACAUAAGUACAUCGGAGCAAGUUAUGAUGGUUUUUUAGCUCUGAGUCACUACAACGAGGUGUGGAUGUUUGCUGUCUGACGGAAACAUCUUCUGAUUAAGAGUUCGCUUUCAUUUUCUUUCAACCUUCAGAGUCAUUCCUAAAAAGGCUCAAAGCCGAAAAUCAAGAAACCGCAGCCUUUGCCUCUGUUUUUAUCUGUUUCCCGUCUUGAAGCUGCUCUGACAUGAUUGCGUAGCUCUGCAGGAACGGCUUUAUGGAGGAUCUUUGAGUGUGUAUUAACAACAUAAAACUCAAAAAUGAAACUAAAAUGUCAUAAACAGGAAUGUUCAGGUCAAAAGAUAAAAAAGGGUACAAGUGAAGAAUGAUUAGAGGAAUGUCACGCUAAGAUAUAUAUCAAGGAAUGCAGCACAACCAGACAGUCAGAGUCAGAGCGAGAACAUCAAUUCUGAGAAGAGAACUUAUGUUUAGACAACAAAAAGACAGAGCCACAGUGUUGAUGAAGUCAUUGGUCCGUGCACGCUCGUCUUCCUACUGCUUGUCCUUCAUAUGAAAACUGAAGGGAAAAGGCAAGAAAAGGUUCACUCUCCUCACCAAAGCAGCAGAGCAGAAACUUGAUCAGAGUUUGUGUUUGCUGAUGAAAAACAAGAUUUAUUCUUGAGAAUUCAGUUCGAUGAUGAAACCAUCUUUCAAAGCACUGUCAGAUUUUAUUCCGGUAAAAACUCUGAUGAUGUGUUCGCCUAAAGUCACUCACUGUAAAAUGACAAAACAUUCUUCUUUUUUUACUCUUUAAUAAAUUUUCAAUGCUGUUCAAAACAUA